AUGCCUAUCAAUCUCUGCACCGGGACAGCAACACCUCUACGACAUCAAAAUGGCCUCCCUCCAAAGCUGCAAGGGUUCCAAGGGUCUGUCACUUUGAGCAUCGAGUCUGCUCCAUGGUCUAAGAGUUUCACCACUGGCAGAUGUCCCCAGAAAGCUGCGAUCUGCUGCAAGGCAGUGUACGCAUCCCCAGUGGUACUCAUUAUCCUCAGAACUAGCAUCCAUGGCAUCUAUUCGAGCCUGGCUAGUAGCAUCUAA